CAUUCGCUGUACAACAUACGAAGUUCUCUUUUCCUUCAUCUUCUGUUGGUACUACCACUUUGAUCUCUUCAAUUCCUCUUCUUCGUAUCAAAGGCUGGAGGCGAAACCAAAAGGGUGUGUCGAAAACCAGAGACAAUGGCCACAAGAACUCGAUCGUUCUCACUCGCACUGGUGUGGACGCUAGUCCUCUUCGCAACCCUAGCUCUCACUCAGGCGAAGAAAUCGAAGGAGGAUUUAAAGGAAGUGACUCACAAAGUUUACUUUGAUGUUGAGAUUGCCGGAAAACCUGCUGGUCGUAUUGUCAUGGGUCUCUUUGGGAAGGCAGUUCCUAAAACAGCAGAGAAUUUCCGAGCACUGUGCACAGGGGAGAAAGGUGUUGAAGGUGGGAAACCUCUUCACUACAAGGGGAGCAAAUUCCAUAGAAUUAUUCCCAGCUUUAUGCUCCAGGACGGUGAUUUUACACUUGGUGAUGGACGAGGUGGAGAAUCAAUUUAUGGAGAGAAGUUUGCUGAUGAGAAUUUCAAGCUGAAGCACACUGGCCCAGGGUUUCUUUCAAUGGCAAAUGCUGGCCCAGACACAAAUGGCUCACAGUUCUUCAUUACAACUGUCACAACUAGCUGGUUGGAUGGCCGACAUGUGGUGUUUGGAAAGGUGCUAUCGGGCAUGGAUGUGGUUUACAAGAUUGAAGCUGAAGGCAAUCAGAGUGGCACUCCCAAGAGCAAUGUUCAAAUUGCUGACAGCGGCGAACUUCCUUUGUAAUGUUGUUUGAUUUAUUUUCGAUCAAUGGCAGCUGUUUUGCUUUCCUUCGUUCCAACAACGAUCUCAUUAAGCUAGCUUAGUUUGUGUAAUCAAUAAACCCCAUAGAUUGAGGUGGUAUUUUUCUGCAUCAACCUUAAUCAUUAGGAUAUUCCUCUAUUUCAGACUUUUUCAAGUAAUUAAAUCUUAUUUAGUGCUGGUACCACUGACUUGGAAUUGAA